UCAAAACAAAACGAGAAAAGAAAACAGACUAGAGACAAACAGGAAGUAUAACUUAACACGUCGCUUAGAAACAUGAACCAAGAAAAAUAUCCUCGGUCCUCAAUUGAGGAUGAUUUUAAUUAUGGCACGAAUGUCGCGACGGCAAGCGUACAUAUCCGUAUGGAUUUCCUACGCAAAGUGUACACAAUCCUAUCAGUGCAGAUCAUCCUGACUACAGCUUUGUCUGCUCUGUUUAUGUUCUGUGAGCCCAUCAAAAACUUUUUACAUUCAAGUCCCUCACUGGUCUUGCUAUCUGCAAUCGGAUCUCUGUUUCUGAUCAUUGCCCUGGCUAUUUAUCGCCACCAGCAUCCCGUUAACCUCUAUCUACUUCUGGCAUUCACUGUGCUGGAGGCCGUGUCUGUUGGUACAACAGUGACAUUUUAUGAAUACUCAGUGGUACUCCAGGCCUUUGUGCUUACGUCGGCUGUCUUUGUUGGCCUGACUGCCUACACUCUCCAGUCCAAGCGAGACUUCAGCAAGCUCGGAGCUGGGCUGUUUGCAGGUCUUUGGAUUCUCAUCAUUGCUGGCUUUAUGAGGAUUUUCUUCCAAAACGAUAUAGUGGAGCUGGUGUGUGCCGGCGCCGGCGCUCUGCUCUUCUGCGGCUUCAUCAUCUACGACACCCACGUUCUGAUGCGCAAGCUGUCACCCGAGGAGCACAUUCUGGCUUCCAUCAACCUCUACCUGGACAUAGUCAACCUCUUCCUGCACAUCCUGCGUAUCCUCGACUCCAUGAAGAAAAACUGAGAGGAGAACCUGCAUGCUCUUCUUUCUGUAAGAUGAUGCAGGUGAUGUCUGUGUUGAUAUCGCAUUAGUAACAAUGAUUCCAAUUUCAUUCCUGACAUCCUUGUGUAUCGUUCCUUUAGGCUCUUCUUUAAUCACAUGCUUCAUUAGGCACACUUUCUUUACCAUAUAACAUUAACUAUACACAGUUUAUUUAUCACAACAACUCCGCAGAAAUUGGCACUUUUUUCCUGAAACAGAAGUGACAACAUUGUUAACAGAGAUAGUUAAAUAGAUCUCCAAUGACAUGUCAGCUCUAAUAUUUUACAUCUCUUUGUGACUUUUUAUUUUUCACCCUGUCCUCCCUGUACACUGUACAAUAUAAGGGGACCACCACAGGAUAUAUAUAUUAUUUGGAUAUUAUGAAUAAUUAUACAUCAAAAUGAAAAAAAAAAAGGUGCAUUAUUGUAGGUGUACCUAAUAAACUGGCACCUAGCAUAAGGGUAUGUCAUCUUGCAGCCUCCUUAUGUUUUUUGGUCAUUUUGUUUAAAAGGGGUUUUGACCAUUGGAUCAUUUGGAUCGAUUUAAAAGGCAACAACUGAAAUUAAUGAAGGCAGCAAUCAGGAAUCGAUGAUGAUGGAUUGUAAUUUAUGUUUUUUAAUUGAUGUGUAAAUAAGCUAACAAGGUGAUCAUCAUCAUCAUUUACAAACACAUAGUACCCCAGACUCUGAACAAACUUGCUCACAUGAUCAGAGGCUACUAAAUUGAAUAAUUAGUCCAUCACAAAUCGGAAAACAUUAUUAAAUAUCGAGUUAAGAAAUUAAGAAUGGAAAUUGUGUUGUGUGGAAAUCUGAGGUUUAUAUGGUUAUGGCUGCUUGUUGCGUGUUUUGUUUUUAAUAUUGUAGUGUCAGUGGCUCGGGAACGGAAGCACGACUCUUAAAGACGCCGAUUCACUGGAGGCUUUGUGAUUCCAUCUCUCUCUCUCUCUCUCUCUCUCUCUCUCUCUCUCUCUCUCUUUCUCUCUUUCAAUGUGUGUAUAAUCAUGUGGGUCACAAUGAACUGCUGAUCACUUUUCUAUAAUCUAUAAUAAAAACAUAAUCUAUAAUAAAAACAUAGCUGAAAGAAUUCUUCUGUAAGCAGAACUAAAGCUUAUUGUUGGUGAUUUCAAUUUAUUGUUCAAUUUCAAAUUAUUACUGGUGACCUGUGGAGCACAGGAUCAUUCAUUAAAAGGUCCUGGUAGUUCUUACAGCACCAUCUAACUCCAGAUAAACCUGAUGCUCCUCUCCCUCACGGUCAUACUGUUUUAUGGCCGUCACAUUUUUCGAAGAAGAAAUAUUGAAAGGAAGUGUGCAUGGUGACUUUAAUUGAAAAACUCUGAACUCUUCAAAGGGUCAAGAACAUCUAGAACAUGUGUUUUUAGACAGAGAUUUUCUUUUGAACUUGCUACUCUGUGCAGUACCACAUUAUAUACAUGCUAUAUUUUAAAUAUUCUCCUGUGAAUAUAAUGAAACGUAUGUUUUCUUGCAUUUCGUUGUAAUUUGUUCACAUACCUAUAUGUGCUAUUUUAUUGUACAUAUUGCUGUAGCUAUUGCUGUACAUAUACAUAUAGCUGUAGCUAUGUUAUAAAGCAUGUUAUUGAUUGACAAAUGAUGUAACGUAUGAUUAGCAACUGUAAUAUCAAUGGGGAUUCAAAUUUCUGUGUGUAUAAAAUGAGAAGUAAUAUAUUAAAUAUUUAACCUGCAA